GUGUAUAUUGUGUGAAUAAUCAGAUGUUGUUUAGAGCCACCUGAUUGUGGAGUUCUGUCCGUUUAAUUUAGCGUUUGCUUUAGAAUAUUCAACUUUCUUGAAGUUGAAUCAAUAUUGUCAAUAGCCAUGGGUAUUUUGGGAUUAUCUAAACUAAUCGCAGACGUCGCACCGUCGGCUGUGAAGGAAAAAGAUAUAAAGCACUAUUUUGGUCGUAAGAUUGCCAUCGAUGCAUCAAUGUGUCUUUAUCAGUUUCUCAUUGCGGUGCGCAGCGAAGGGGCUCAGCUUACGUCUAUUGAUGGCGAAACUACAAGUCACUUGAUGGGUACAUUCUACAGAACGUUGCGCUUUAUAGAACAGGGUAUAAAGCCCAUUUAUGUAUUUGAUGGUAAACCACCAAACUUAAAAGGUGGAGAAUUGGCGAAACGUGCGGAAAAGAGAGAUGAGGCGCAGAAAGCCUUAGAAGUUGCAGAGGCAGCGGGAAAUGCCGAGGACAUCCAAAAAUUUAACAGAAGGCUGGUUAAAGUUACAAAGCAACAUGCCGAAGAAGCUAAACAACUCUUAACGCUGAUGGGUGUUCCAUAUAUUGAUGCUCCGUGUGAAGCUGAGGCUCAGUGUGCCGCUCUGGUUAAAUCUGGUAAAGUUUUUGCCACAGCAACAGAGGAUAUGGAUGCAUUGACAUUUGGAUGUAAUGUACUACUUCGGCGUAUGACGUUUAGCGAGGCCAGAAAAAUGCCUAUACAAGAGAUUUAUUAUGAUAAGGUAUUGGAGGGUCUGGAAUUGAAUAAAGACGAGUUCAUUGAUCUAUGCAUAAUGUUGGGCUGUGAUUAUACUGACAGCAUCAGAGGUAUUGGUCCAAAGAGAGCUAUCGAGCUAAUUAAAACGCACAGAUCUCUUGAGAAGAUUUUGGAAAACUUAGACACCAAUAAGUAUCAUGUACCAACUGAUUGGAACUAUAAACAAGCCAGAAUAUUAUUUCAAGAACCUGAAGUUACGGAUGCAAAUGAUAUUGAGCUGAAGUGGUCAGACCCAGACGAGGAAGGCUUGGUCAAGUUUUUGUGUGGUGAUAAGCAGUUUAAUGAAGACAGAGUUCGAUCUGGUUCAAAAAAAUUAUUGAAAGCUCGUGGUACUUCUACUCAGGUUCGGCUUGACUCGUUCUUCAAAGUAUUGCCUAGUACAACUCCAGUCAAGCGAAAGGCCGAUGACAAAAAGACGCCAGCAAAAAAAGGCAAACCUGCUGGAAGAGGUAAAUUUCGAGGAAAAGCCAAAUAAAUUGAACAUUAUCUCAAAAUUUUGUCGUGCAGCUGAGAAGGACUAUAAAUUCCUCUGUUAAGACUCGUGUCCUGUGUUUCUCAAUUUUCACGAAAAACUAAUUCAAGUUAAAUUUCGAACUAUAAUUAUGCCAAGUAACAAGUUUUUCUAAUGCACAAUGAUCCGUUAUAGAUAUGAAUUACUAGCUGAAUUGAAUCCUUUGAUUUAUUAUGAAGUCUGUACGUUUGCUGUUGGCCAUUUAUGUUGUGCCGAAAAAUUUCAGUAAAUCUGCCGCUAUAACUUCAAUUAAAUAAAAAUUCAUCAUAUUUUCAUAUUAAACAUUAUGUAUAUAUAUUUUGUUUGCACAAAAUUUCAAAUAAUUCACAGUUUAUAAUUUGUUAAGGCGACUCAUGAUUAGUUCUUAAACUUUCCUUCAUAUCUACUUAUAUGUAUAAAUAUUUCAUAAUAAAACAUGCUAUAAACAUUUACAAACUUAACUUUGUAUUACAGUCCCCCGUUUUUAUAUCCUGAAUUUCAGGAGCCAUUUUUUGUAAAUAUGUCCUUAAUUUG